AUGGCUCUAGAAAAGGGUGUCUUGGACGUCUCGCAGGCCAGGGGAAUCAAAAGAGACCUUGAGCUUCGGGGCAAGCACCAUAAGGUCUCGCACCAAGUGCCGGCUUUCCUGAUCGUGGAUUUGGACUUGGCAGUGACGAAUCCUUGCGCAGCACAGGCGGAGGUCUUACUUCGAAAGUUUCAGGAGGUUCGGCUCCUGGAGACGAACGACAGCGAUGAGUCGCUGGUUUGA